AUGGGCGGCCUCAGGAGCAGCUCCGUUCAUCGUUUCACUGUCUGUCUCAUUGGUUUUUCCCUUCUCAUGGUCAUCCAUUCUGAAAAUCGAGAUGAUAAAGUUGAUAAUGAACCUGAAUAUUCAUAUUUGAAGAAUUCUUCAAAGGGAUCGGAAUGCUGGGGAAGUCUCAAAGAAGAAUGGAAAUUAUGUUCAAUUGGAAAUUUCCAAUCCCCAAUCAAUAUUAUCAAGGAAAGAGUUAUGGUUUCGUCUCAAAUAGGGAAAUUCAGAAGAAACUAUAGACCAGCUCUUGCUGUAUUAAGGAAUUUAGGAUCCGAAAUCAUGGUUCAAUGGAAUAGAUAUGCCGGGAGCGUACAUCUCACUGGCAACAAGUACGAUUUAGUUCAGUGUCACUGGCACACGCCUUCUGAACAUACGCUCGGAGGACAAAGGUACGACAUGGAACUGCAUAUGGUCCAUAGAAGCUCCGAAGGACAGUUUGUUGUACUUGCUAUUCUAUAUCAUUUAGGACGUUCUGAUCAUUUUCUCGACAAGGUUUUAGAAAGUAUUAAUAAUUUAACAAAAGGUGAAGAAGAAAUUGAUUUGGGUGAUGUUGAUCCAUGGGAUAUCAAGUUUGGAAGCAGAAAGUAUUAUAGAUACAUGGGUUAUCUCACAUCUCCUCCAUGCACCAAAGAUGUUCUUUGGAUACUCCUUAAUAAGGUGAGAACGGCAUCAAAGGAGCAAAUUACAAUAUUAAGGAAAGCUGUCCAUGAUCUUUUGAAUCGGGCUGCUCUCCUUAGCUGUAAAGGGGAGGAGGAGGCUUUUGCUCUGGUUGUUCGAAGUCUGUGA